CCCAUUGGGAACUUCCCCAAGUGCGACUCAUGUCAUUGGAGCGAUUGAUGUUUACUGGGAUGGAGGACGAUGUGGUUCGACUAUUCACGUCCUUGGUCGAAAUGCCAUCGCUGAGGACCCUCAUUUUCUCCCUUACUUUGGACGACUGCAUAGGGGCCCAGAAACUGAUCAACCGCUUUCCAAACAUAUCAAGCCUCGUCCUCAGAGGUAUGGCCUGUACGAUUUACACUUUCCUCAAGCAGAUGAAUCAUUUCCCAUUCACGAACCUCUCCCUGCUCGACAUCGUCCUCGAUUGGUCCCCUUACUCGCCGAAAUCUAGUUUGCCUUCGAAUGAAUUGGAAGAAUGUUUGCGUGAGAUGAUAUCGUCAUAUCUUUCUUCGAUGCCAUCGUCGAGGUACUAUACACAUCAUCAUCAUCAUCAUCUUCGGUCCAUGGUAAGUUCAAGCGUGGAAAGGUACAGGUGGAGUGGGAGUGGGAGUGGGGGUGGGAAUGGAAGCAGUUUAACGGGCUCCGGUAGGAGGACCCGGGAUGAUCGACGGUUGGAGAAGGUUGUUUUGAUACCAAGUUCGCAGGAGAUGAGAGAUUGGUUGGCGAUGCAUGUCGAUGAGGUUGGCGGGAGUCCAUAUUGUACUCGUGAAGCCUGGUGAAUUGUUAUACCAUACGUCAGGACAGUUGGCGACGGUUGUUCAACCGCUUCGUACUUCUACAACGAUUUUUGCCUUCGCAUUACAAUGCAUACUUAUUCUGUGCAUACAUAGUGUAUCAUUGCAAACCCACUUUGGAUAUACUUACCCCAAUUUGUUUGGAUAACCCGUAAAGAACGAAGGUGGAAAAUGGGUCACAAGCUCUCUACACAUCCGCCAACCAGCCGUCAAACCUCUUCCUCAGCC